AUGGGUUUCUCAGCUGGGAAAAGAAAAUCACGAGAUGAAGAAGACACAGACACACUGACCUUAGCUUCUGCUGAUUUCCCCAUGGAUGACCUCAGCGAAGACGUCCUCGAAAAAGUCCUCUCAUGGCUACCAACCUCCUGUUUCUUCCGCAUGAGCUCCGUCUGCAAGCGAUGGAAAUCCACCCAAUCCUCAAAAAGCUUCAACCUCGCCUGCUCUCAGAUCCCUCGUCGAGAUCCUUGGUUCUUCAUGAUCGGCACCGAUCUCAAUCCUUCUUCCUUCGUCUUCGACUCCACCGAAAACAGCUGGAAAAACCUCAACCACCGCAAUAAUUUCCUCCUCCACCGCCGCGAUUUCACCCCCGUCGCUUCCUCCGGCGGCCUCCUCUGCUUCCGCUCCUCCACCUCCGGCGAAUUCCUCCUCCGUAACCCCCUCACCGGAUCCUCCCGCCACCUCCCCCCUCCAAUCUCCAACAAACCUCUCCAAGCCGUAGCCAUGACCACUCUCACUCCCUCCUCCUCCAGCUAUAAGCUCGUCACAAUCUCCGGCGAAAUCCCAAAUCUCACUUUCCGGAUCUACGACUCAAAUUCUGACACGUGGAGCAAAAACCAACAACUGUCGCUACUAAAGAACAACAACGAAUCAUCACCACACGAUGAUGGCGAUACUGAAAUCGGCAACAGCACAGUCUACUUUCUCAGCAAAACAGGAAACGUAAUCGUGGCGAGUGACAACAAUCUCCAGAGAAGUCCAUCGAAGCAAUACUCUUCCGUUAUAACCGUCAAAGACAACACCGAAACCGUUUACUUCCUCAGCUCUUACGGAACAAUCAUAGCUUGUGAUCUCACCAACAGAUGCUUUACCGAGCUCCCAAAGCUUCUUCCUCCCUUCCUUGAGUACUCCAUCGACUUGGUGGAAUGUAACGGAACCAUGUUCGUGAUUCUUCUCUCUGAGUUUUACGAGAGUGCGAGCUUAAGGAUCUGGAAGUUAGAAGAACAGAACUGGAUUCAUGUCGGAAUGUUGCCUCCUGCUUUGUCUCAUGAGUUAUAUGGGAGAAGAGGAGACAUAAACUGCGUUGGAGGAGGAGGAGAUGGGAACAAGAUUCUUGUCUGCUUCAAUGCGAAUCCUCCUGAGGUGUAUUGUAGAUACUUUGUGUAUGAUUUAGUUGCACAAGAAUGGAGCGAGCUUCCGAGAUGCUUCAAUGGUGGAGAAGCUGUUGAUUUCGUCUCUGCUCUUUCUUUCCAGCCAAGAAUCGAAGCAACAGUUUGA